CUCCACCCACCGAGCCCCGAUAUCUCUCCCGCCCUCCCUCCCUCCCUCCUAUCUCCCCUCGGUCUGCUCCGACUUUGACGACAGACGCCACUACCCUGGAGACAAGAGGUCCUCUCCAUGUUCUCCUCAUUCUUCGCCUCAAAGUCACGCCGGCCCUCAGAGACGACACCAUUGCUCGCCGCAAUCGACAGGUACCGCCGCCGCCACAAUGGAGACGAAUCGGACCCGGCCGACCACAACCCGGGCGCAGUAACCCAUUUCGACGGCGACGAUGACGAGUAUGAGGAUGAGGACGAGCACCAGCCUCAGCCUCAGCGCCGCCAGCGCGAUGGGCCUUUGCUCCCAGUCUUCUCCCCCGAAAUCUUGGAUCGCAUACCCAUUUACAACACCACGCACGCCAUCCGCAUCAUCCUUGUCCAGCGAUGUGAAACGACACUCUCCUGGGACCAACUGCGCUCGCCCCAAGUCUCACAAUUCCUCGUCAAGCCCAUCCAGCAACAACUUCGCUCCGACCAGUUCUCGCGCGGAUUGCUCUACUGCCUGCUCGCAAAUUGUCUGCAAUUCAAGAAGGAGGGCGAAGAGAAUCCCGGCAACGUGGGAGUUAGCAAGACCCGUGCCCUGAUAUGCGAGCUGCUGGCCGUGAGGCUGCUCAAGGAGUUUUCGACCCGUGAACUGAUUGAUGCGCUCUCCUAUGAUUUCGAUCCCUUGCAGGGCUUAGCCAUGCCUGGACGUGGCAACAUGACCCCAGGCAGCCGAAAUUGGUCGAGACAGGGGCCUCGCUCUGCGCGCAUCUCGACCCUCGAGAUUGCCAUUCGCGCUCAGGCAAAGAAGUUUCUCGCCCAUCCGCUUGUUGUGCGCCAGCUCGAAGCUAUUUGGGCAGGCACCAUCGUCUUCCACUCUAGUGCCGAUAGCCUGCACCGAAAGCCCGACUCCCCCCAAGCACGCAGCUCCAAUGCCUCUGGCGCCGCCUCGCCGAGAACUGGUCCCUCUCGCCGAGCGCCACCCACCAAGCCCUCCCCUCCUCUGAACCAGCCCGCUACAAUUCUUCGACGAACAGUGACGCUAUACGAUCCCCACGAUGCAUCGCUCUUCAAACUCUCCCGCUUACGAGUUCCUCGCUACCGCAAUCUGUUUUCGACUCUCUCUUUUGCCAUCAUGCUGGGCCUGUUUCUCGCUGUACUCUCACAAAAGUCUGACGAUAUCACCGGACUCGAGGUCCUCUUUUGGUUUUGGAGUGCUGGGUAUAUGCUCGACGAGGUGGUGGGCUUCUCAGAACAGGGUUUUGGUCUGUACAUUAUGAGCGUGUGGAAUGCCUUUGAUCUAGGCAUUUUGCUCAUGUUCAUGGCAUACUAUAUUCUGCGUCUAUACGGCAUCCUCAUGCCAGACGUUAGCAGCACCAGAGUUGCAGCCAUGGCAUAUGACGUAUUGGGGUCUACGGCAGUCUUGCUGUUUCCCCGACUCUUCUCCGCCCUGGAUCACUACCGCUACUUUUCACAGCUACUGAUUGCCUUCAAGAUGAUGGCUGUUGACUUGGUUGCGCUGCUUGUACUGAUCAUCAUCAGCUGCAGUGGUUUCUUUGUUGCCUUUAGCUUGGCUUUCAAGCGAGAUCUGGGCCCCUCAAAUGCUGCAUAUGCAAUCUUCCAGCUCGUCAUGGGAUUCAGCCCUGCCGCUUGGGACCUCUGGGGAGACAUGAACUUUCUUGGCAAGACCCUGCUUGCCCUGUUCCUCUUCAUUUGUCAUUUCCUUGUUGUGACCAUCCUUAUCACAGUCUUGACAAACUCGUUCAUGGCCGUCGUCAAGAAUGCUGAUGAGGAGCACCAAUUCUUGUUCGCCGUAAACACGAUUUCCAUGGUCAAGUCGGAUGCACUGUUUUCCUAUAUUCCACCCACUAACAUCAUCGGAUGGUUAUUGAUCCCGCUCAAGUACACGAUGCCGUUCAAAAAGUUUCUACGCAUGAACCGGUUCAUCAUCAAGGUGACCCAUCUUCCCAUUCUGUUCGUCAUCUUCGUCUACGAGCGCCUUAUUCUGUCGCAUCUUGCAUAUGGCCCAACCGAUCUUGUCGAGAGGCGAGGACGCGCAGAGUCAAAAGCCCCCGUGCCCGCGUUUAGCAUUCGUGGCCCUAUAGACUUGUUCAGCCCCCGCUUGCGCGAGCCUUCUGUUACCACGUUCCAAAAGGACCAGGCGUUGGAAGAAGUGUUUCGUAGGCCCUACCUCGACCCUAGCUUCCAGCCCACUCCUCGGCAUCCGACCCCGAGAAGGAAUUCUGGUAAUGUCGUGUCGGACUGGAUGAGAAAGAUGGGCAACGAUGAUGAAAACACGCCACCUCAGGAUGAUUCACGGUCAGUUCUGGAUCGGCUUGAGGGUCGCCAACGGCCCUUUUUGCGACGGGCCAGAACUUCAGGUCAGCAAAGGCGAAAGCAUCCACUCGCUGCCGCGAGGGCUGUUGUGUCGGAUCCAGAUGAGCUUGUGACACCUCUCACUGGUCCCAUCGCAGAAGAGUCGGAACCCGAAGUCGACAAGGCAGUCAUGGAGGAAGCGCCACAGCAAACCGACGCUGAUGGAGAUGAUGAAGACGAUCAAGCCAGUACCGAUCAAAACGUUACUCCUCGACGUGAGCCUAGUCCAAAAGAGAGUAAGAAGCCCCAGACUGGAUACGAGUCUUCUGAGGAUGAAUUCUUCCGUACGCCCAUGACUGGCGUCCAGCGGACGCAGACGCGCUCUUCAGGAAUUGCAAUUGCGCCAUCAGAGUCCAGUUUCAGGGAGAGCAGGCCGACAUCGCCUGGCAAGAAGCGGUUGAAACCAACGCAUAAUCGAAAUACAUCUACGAGCACGAUCCUGUUCAGUCCCAUCAAAGACAUGAUGAGCACAUCUCGUGCAGUGUCACCCGAAAAACGGCCCAAGACUGGCAAUCGCAGUGGAACAGCCACCGGAACAGCCACCCCAGGUCGUUUGGAGGGCUCAAGUGGGACGGGCGCACGUACACCUAAGCGGGUACUGCCUCCUCCCGCUCCCGGCUCUCGGCCUCGUGCGAUCAUGCCACCACGGAGGAAUUCGGCUAAUUUGCUCUUAAACGACAACUUGACACGAGAACCGUCUUUCAGUGCAAUUGCCUUGGACCUAGCGUCGGACAUUGGAGACAAUGCGCUUAACCCUAAUUUUGGAAACCUCAGCGGGCUGCCCGCAUCUUUCACGACGCAAUUCGAAAUGGCUGCUAGGAUGAAGGCGCGCGAGAAGCAAAAGGGUAGCGACAAUGACUCGGACUCGAACCGUAUGAGCAGAAUUAUGCUCGCACGAAUGACAACAUUGGAGGAAGGCUUCCGUGACAUGCUCCAGGAGGUCAAGGGCUUGAAGCAAGGGGAGAGCCAGGGGGGCAGUCGGGGAACGCAUUCACCACCCAGCGAACCUAUGAGUAAGAAGAAGGGAAAAGCAAAGAAGAAACUCAGUAAGCGCGGCGACGGUUCUGGAGAUAGAGUUGGUUCCAGUACGUGAGACAGCGUGGAGAGGCAUGACAUGACAUGAUGCAGUCGCUUGCAUUUGCAUAUAUCCGGUGUUAUCUGCGCAUUUACAAGACGCAUGGUCUUUUUUUCGGGAUGGUUUGGCAUUCUGCUUUUGAGAAAUAUACCCAAUGGGUAUUUAUUUCUGACCAGAGGCGUUUUUUUUUGGAUUUGGACAUUAUAGUCCUCUAGGUUCCGGUCUGCUUUCUUGUAUCAUUGCAGCGUAUUUUACAUUGGCCUCACGAUUUGUAAUUGCUUAGUCUAAUAUACUUGCUGCCUAUGCAUUCAUAUGCGCGGCUUGCAGAAAUCACUGUUCUUGACGAGAGAUAUCAGGAGUAGCCAGUAUAAGUAGUGGUGGUAAUCUCUGGCGC